AUGUGCUUCUUUGCGAACUUGCUCACCCUUGCGUCCUUUUUAUUUUCUGUAGUACAUAUUUGGCGUGCCGAAAGAAGAGAAGAAAUCACCUCCAGCCUGCAGAGACUAAAUGGCCAUUCUGGUUCAUGGUGUAUAGAUGGAGGGAAGCCUUCUCAAACGAGCUUUACAGAUACACCAAAUUUUUGUCGGGGAUUGAUGCUAGAUUGUGCAAUGCAGAACCUCAAACUCUCCCACAAUCCACUCAUACAUUAUAGGCCUAUAAGAACCUCUGAUUUGGAAGUACUUCAGAAAAUCCAUGGAGAUCUGUUCCCGAUCAGAUAUGAGUCUGAGUUCUUCCAAAAUGUUGUUAAUGGCCGGGGCAUUGUUUCUUGGGGAGCUGUUGAUCGCAAUCGGCCCAAUGGGCAAAAUGACGAACUUAUUGGAUUUGUGACUGCGCGGACUGUUCUAGCAAAAGACAGUGAUAUAGAAGAUUUUCUGAGAUAUGACUCAUCGAGAUCAGAGCAAACAUUGAUUUACAUCUUGACACUGGGAGUUGCAGACUCCUAUAGAAAUCUCGGCAUAGCUAGUUCUCUAAUUCACGAGGUCAUAAAAUAUGCCUCGAACAUCCCGACUUGUCGAGCAGUUUACCUACAUGUGAUCUCAUAUAAUAACCCUGCCAUAUACUUGUACAAAAAGAUGUACUUUCAAUGUGUGAAGAGGCUACCUGCCUUUUAUUUUAUUAACGGUCAGCAUUAUGAUGCGUACUUGUUCAUCUACUAUGUGAAUGGUGGUCGCUCUCCUUGCUCACCUCUGUAAGUGCAGCCAUCCCUUUUCCCUGAACUCACUUGAUCAGAGGUUUCUCUUUCUUUAUGAUUGAUUAAUUUGUCAUAUGCGAUAAUUAUCCUGGUAGAGAGAUCAUUUAUCAUUUAUCAUGGUUUUUCCUCAAGGUUCAAAAGAGUGUAGGUGGUGAAACUAUAUCAUCUUUUCGGGAGUAAAGAUAUAAAGUGUCCUUGAGGAUGACUUGUUAUUCACAGUUUUCAGUAUAAUAUCUUGGCUAUAGGAGAGGACUUCAGUUAGAGGAUCUGGUAGAAAGGACAUUGAGCUAAUCUGCUAUUGCAAACUCGUGGACCACUACAUUUUCCAAUUUGUCCAAUUUUCUAUUGAGAGUUCAAUAUGCUUUAUGGCUGCUUUGUGAAUUUAAACUUGAAAAAAUGGGGAAACCCUGGUAGAACUUACUCUGCUUAUCUUUACCUUUCCUCUAGUUUGGCACUGCUCCUCGUUUGACUCAGUUUCAGUUAGGAAAAACACACUUACACUUAUUUGAGAUGGGUAAUCGGCUUCAUGCAUGUUUUAGUGGCAACUCCGUAGGCUAAAAGAGCAUUAAACAUGUGAAAUACGAUUGAGUAUUAGUUUUGGGGGUUGGAGGGAUGAACACGGCUUCCUGCCCUCUUCUCAAAGUAAUAGCCUGAGAUUGAUAGCACAAUGUAGCCCAGGUUUCUAGUAUACUUUAACUGCAAGGCAGAUAGAGUAAAAUUCACUCGGCAAUCGAGAGAGCUUGGUGGUCUUAAGAAUAGUUCCGGUGGGGGGAUUCUCUUAAAAAUAAAGGAGACGAAUAGAUCUAGUUCAUCUUCAUGUUAACGGAAGAGUGGAUACAAUAUCACAUAAUCUGUUCAAAAUGUAUUUCCUUUAGGAGGCUCAUAAAUAGCUAAUAGCCUUGGAGGAAAAAGCAAAAUAUUAA